AUGGUGAAUAGAGAAUGGGUAAACAUAUUUUUUCUCUGUAUUUUUUGUGUUUCGUGUUUAAUUGCUGAACCGAUAGUUCAAAUAUCGGAGGGUUUUUUAAGAGGAAGUGUUGAAAUUACCAGAAAGGGGAGAAAAAUUAGCAAAUUUCUCGGCAUUCGUUAUGCUCAACCUCCUGUAGGAAAUUUGAGAUUUCGAAGUCCUUUACCAGCAGAGUCGUGGGAAGGGAUUCAAAAUGCCACCGAAGAUGGAAAUCAAUGUCCACAAUUUGCCCCAUAUACGAAAAAAUAUGUUGGAAACGAGGACUGUUUGUACUUAAAUGUUUAUACACCUUUAUUGGAGUUUAAUUCAAACAGGGUAAAUUAUUCAAAGAAUGGAAAAUUACUUCCCGUCAUGGCAUGGAUUCAUGGAGGUGAUUUUGUCGCAGGAAAUUGUAGUACCACAACAUUUGGCGGUACUUUUCUUCUCGACGAGGAUGUCAUUUACGUUUGUAUGAAUUAUCGUGUAGGAAUAUUGGGCUUUUUAAAAUCUGACGAUUUAGCAGCACCUGGCAAUUAUGGAUUAAAAGAUCAAGUCCUGGCUUUGAAAUGGAUACAAAAGAAUAUUCCCUCAUUUGGCGGUGAUCCGAAACGUGUCACUCUUUUUGGCGAAAGUGCCGGUGCUGUUUGCGUUCAUCUUCAUGUAUUAUCAGAAGCAUCAAAUGGACUUUUCCAGCAGUACAUAAUGGAAAGUGGAACUGCCCUGUUUCCUUGGGGAUUUCAAUCAAGGAACUCAAACAAAACGAGUAUUAAACAAUUGGGCAUGGUGAUGUUUUGCCCAACAACAUCCACCAACGACAUUGUUGAAUGUUUACGAAACAUGGAACUUGACAACUUGCUGUACGAUAGUCACAAAUAUGAAAAUUUUGCAAGAUACGCUUUAAAAACUUGGACACCAACUGAGGAAAUGGAAGGAGAAGAAGCUUUUCUUGUAGAGACUCCGGAAAGUCUGAUUGCGAAAGGGAAAAUGAAAGAUUUGCCUUUUAUAACCGGAACGGUAAAAGAUGAAGGUCUAAUAGCCACAUUGUUUCUCCAUUCAAGUUCUUAUUGGUAUUAUUACAUCAGAUUCGUUAUAAACGAAUUUUUCGACUUUGUGUCAAAAUACUACCUCCGAUGUAAAAAUGUUGAUGAAUUCAAAGUCCUAAUUAAAGACUAUUAUUUUAAUGGUUCAUUCUGGGGUUCCAAACAGAACUUUAUUUCAGAUAUAACAAAAUUCGUGGGCGAUGCAUUCUUCUUUUAUCCACAAUUAAAAUUACUCACCAUUGCGGAAAAAAAUAUGAAGAGUUCAUUUUACGUUUAUUCUUUUGAAUAUCGAGGAACAUUUAGUUUCACUUCGAAUGCAUUGAGGGAAAAUUCUAAUAUUGGCGUUUGCCACACUGAUGAGCUAACUUAUUUAUUCCCUUCAGAACCAAUAUCUUUUGGUUUAGUAAAUUCAAAUUUAAAUCUUAGCUCAACAGAUGAAAUAAUGAUUGAUACAAUGGUGGAUCUAUGGACUUCAUUCGCUAUAAAUGGGAAACCAACAUCAAAGAAUUUGAAACCAUCCGACUUAUGGGAGUCGUACAGUAGAAAUGAAAGUUAUUUGCAAAUUGGCAAUAUGACUGAACCGUCGGUGACACUUGAAAGAAAUUUUUUGAAAGAUCGAAUGGAUUUUUGGAAGGAUAAUUUAAUGACAAUAAUAAAA